GUUCCGGACGCACAAUAGCAAACAUGGCCGCUGAAGGAGAUGUGGAUUUGGACCUGGAAGCCGAGGAGAAUUGUACUGGAAAGCCAGCAGAAAAACCUCGCAAACAUGACAGCGGAGCGGCGGACUUGGAGCGGGUCACCGAUUAUGCCGAAGAAAAGGAAAUAUCCAGCUCCGAUCUCGAAACGGCUAUGUCAGUGAUCGGCGACAGGAGGUCAAGAGAACAAAAAGCCAAACAGGAGAGAGAAAAAGAGUUGGCCAAAGUCACCAUUAAGAAAGAGGACGUAGAGCUCAUAAUGAGCGAAAUGGAGAUCCCACGAGGCAUGGCAGAACGCAGCCUCCGAGAACACAUGGGCAAUGUGGUGGAGGCACUGAUCGCUCUUACAGACUGAACGGACCCAAGACCCUCUAAAUGCUUCCCAAUGGCACGGACACCACAAACAACAGCUAUCUGUUUUGCACAGACUUUGUGGACUGCAGGAACUUCAUUCCAUGUGCCUGGUGCAUGGACAAAGCAUAGCUAGUAUAUUUUAUAUAAAACACUUUUUUUCUCUAAGACGGUUUUCCGUUUGAAAUGUUUAAUCUACAAAAAAUGAUGACAAAUGUCUUUUUUUCCAAGUGCACCCUGAUGUGAUGGCAAAGUGUUUAAAAAGGGUUAAAAUAAGAGGUGAUAAUCUGCCUUGAAUUACUGGUUUAAUAUCUUUCAAUAAAAGGUCACCACUUUCAGAAGUUGUUAUA